UGAAAACCAUGCCUCUAAGGAUGUUUUCUACAAGGAAGUGUGUCACCCACGGCUCAGUCUCUCUCAACAGAACUGUUUCCUCCUUCGGAGUGUUGGCGGGUGCCCGUCAGCUCUGUUCCGGGGGGAACAGGGGUCACUUCGCUGGCUGGGCUGCUGGCUUUGCUGUGCGUCCCGUCCUGGCGGAGUUUAGGUGGCACUUUGGCCUAGAAGACGGCUGGCAAUGAUCAUUGUCGUUGUCUCACGUUUUCUCUUUUCUCUUUUCUCGUUGAACAGCCAAUAUGCCAGAGGAUUAUCCCGACCAGUUUGACGACGUCAUGGAUUUUAUUCAGGCCACCAUUAAAAGACUGAAAAGGUCCCCGGACAAACAAAUGGCCGUGCUGCCUAGAAGGGAGCGUAAUCGGCAGGCCGCCGCCGCCCACCCAGAGAACCCCAGAGGGAAGGGCCGGCGGGGCCCGAGGGGCAAAAACCGGGGUUGCGUCCUAACCUCCAUCCACCUGAAUGUCACGGACUUGGGUCUGGGCUACGAAACCAAGGAGGAACUGAUCUUCCGGUACUGCAGCGGCUCCUGUGAGGCCGCCGAGACGAUGUACGACAAAAUAUUAAAGAACUUGUCCAGAAGCAGGAGGCUGGUGAGUGACAAGGUAGGGCAGGCCUGCUGCAGGCCCAUCGCCUUCGACGACGACCUGUCGUUUCUAGAUGAUAACCUGGUUUACCAUAUUCUAAGGAAGCAUUCCGCGAAAAGGUGUGGAUGUAUCUGACUCCGGCUCCAGAGACCGCUGUGUAUUGCAUUCCUGCUGCGGUGCAAAGAAAGGGACCAAGGUUCCCAGGAAAUGUUUGCCCGGAAUGGAAGAUGAGGACCAAGCUGGAGGAGGAGGAGGAGGAGGAGGAGGAGGAGGAGAGCCAUGUGGGAGCCUGGGACAGAGAGAUCCAGCUACACAGACCUGGACAGGAGAGAGGAAACAGCGUCUGGAUUCUCCCGGACAACAGCCGAUGCCACCAGAAGCCCAGGGCUGGUGUCCCUGGGGGAGGGGUUGCCAUGGUUUCAUCUGAUGCAGCCCGCCGGCACCAGCCCACCAGUCCACCAGUCACGGGCACAGUUGCGGAUGCACUUGAAACUAAACCAGUGUGUCUCCUGUGGUUUGUUUUCACACAUCUGGAGACACCGGGGAAACGGAAUCCUGGUGUCAUUCCUUGUCAUUACGUUUUACUGCUGAAAGCAAGGAAGGUUUAUUUUUCUGUCACUCAGUGGAGACAUACCCCGGAAAGGAGGGGGGUGGCGGGGAAGCAAAGACACAGAGACAGUAACCUUUGCAUCUGAAAGUUGAGGCCUGAGGUUUACUACCACCAGCGUGUAGGGAACGGCUGGCUGGUGAUUCAUUUUGAACUUGGUGUGUGGGGUGGGAAGAAGUUGGCUAGGAACCAAAAAGGCUGUCCUCAAGACUAAAAACCAACCUGAAAGUGUUUCCUUUAAGGCCUUGGAAACAGGAAACCGGUUGCGGUUCUCGGCAGCAUUCUUGCAGGAGAGCGAGCGGGGAGGCCCCCGCCUCCCAGGGGCAGGGAGACCCGGCGGCUGUCGGUUUACAGAGAGACGCGUUACAUACACCCCAGCUCCGGCUGUGCGUGGUCACCAGUGACCAGAGAAGCUACUCGAUGCAAUGCAUCUGUUUCAGAUACGGAAAUAGAAGAUAUUUAUUGAGAUUUAAGUUAUUGUUAUUUAUUACCGUUCACUAAUGAGUUUCUCUUUCGUCCCUUAUUUAUUAAAGUUUCUUUUCAAAGGUGCCAAAGUAUAUGUGCUCGCAAAAUGCAAAGAAGGGUGACAAAGAAAAGUUUAAUUGGGAACAAAGGGUCCAUGCUUUUCAAAGUAUUAACACAUUUGUCGCUAGGCAAAAAUCACUUACUUUACCUUUUUAAGAAAAGCCCUCAUUCACUUCCCCAGAUUUCAGCAUCUUCCCUGUUUUUCUUUCUUUCUUUUCUUUCCCUUUUUUUUUUUCUUUUACAAAAGAAAUGUGUCCGAAGGAGCAUGUCUGGCAGGCUCCCGGAGAGGCGCGUGCAGAGACCCUUGGCACUUGGUUUUAUGUCUUUGUUGCUCCAGCUCUGAGCAGAAUGCCAUGUGCUGCAUGGAUUUAAGCUCUUAUUCCCCCCCCACAUAUACCUACCUAUGACAUGCAUAACCCUAUAUAUGAAAGGUUAAGUCCCUUUUAGUGGGCAGUUCUGGCUCCAACGUUGACCUAAAAGUAAAAUCCUGCCAGGGUUCCACUCUGAACGGAAACUCUUCCUCCAUCCUUCCCACUGUUCUGAGAGCGUGCAGGUGCCCAGCGCGGCUGAGGAGCACACUGCUGGCCUUCCAGAACGGGGGUCUGCGGGUCGCCAUCAAAGCCCCUUGGAUGUCCUCUCAGGUGACAGUGGCUGUCCCUGUACACCGCCCCCUCCCGUGGAAGAAGGUGGCCCAGAAGGGUGGACGCGCUCCCCGAGUGUGCCACCUUUCCGAUGAAUGCCAUGGAGGGGAGACAGGUGGGAUGGGAACAGCGACCUCCUAGUGCCCAGACCCCCCAGACCGUGCGUUUACCUGGCAACUGAUGCCUGCGCAGUGCACUGGGCCCUACCCCAGAGCGUGGGACACAUUCAUGGAAGAGAUUUUUACCAAGGAGGUCAUCUGUCACUACCUUGGCCAUUAGCCCCCAAGUCUGGCAGGCUUAGCAAUUAAAAGCCCCACUGGCCUCCCUCAAAUCAUAUUAAUUUCACAAAGUAACCAGGAGGCAGCAGUUACCAGACAUCCCUCCCCCCUAACCCCAAACACCCAAGCUCGCCAUCCUUCUGCCCCUCUCCGUCCCUCUGCUUCCCUUGCAGGACUUGGAAAUGGAGGGAAAGCACUUCCUCUCCCCAAACCUCCCCUGGGGCCAGAGUGGGGACCCUGCGAGGAGUGGAGCGAGGGGAGAGGCUGACCCAGCCAGCCCUUGGUCAUUCAGGAAGCACUUAGAUGUCGCCCCACCCAGGGGCAUCUGUCCCAUUCAGAGUCCUGGCAGGCUUGGUGGCUGGUGUCCCAGGGGUCCACUCAGUCAGCCCCCUCUCCCCGUGGAGAGUCCCUGCCCAGAGGGGCUGUCGGACUCCGUGGGUGUCUUACCACACACCGUAAGCAUCGCCUACACACCAUAGCCAGUUUUCACGGAAGCGAAUCCUCCCCUAAAUACACAAAAGGGUAAAGUCUGUGAUUUUUCUCUGUCGUUGCGGUCACCACCUAGUCCAGUAAGGAGGGCCCUUCUUUGGAAGUUCUGACUUCUCUGAUCUGUCUCGGUCGUUUGUGUUAUUCAACCAAAGUUCUCUACAAACUUUAUUUUUGUACAAUAUCAUUUUGUAACUUUUUACAAAUAAAAACUCAUUUCUAUU